GCGCAAACCAAAAGCAAAUGUUGUAAAAUUUCUCCUUAGUUUCUAUUCAAUAAAAUUCUAUUCUAUAACUAGCUAACUCCAGAUACUAUCUUAUCUAUUGCAGAUGACGAAUAUGCAGAUAGAAAUAAUUUCCAAAAGCUGCAUUUCACCCUCUUCACCAACACCUCCCAAUCUUAAAACCUACAAAAUCUCCCUACUCGAUCAAUUUCAACAAUCUGGCUAUUACUCCAUCAUUCUUUUCUAUCAAAAUUAUUCCCAACAGGCAAAUGUAAAUACGCAAAGAUCAUUCUUGUUUAAGCAAUCCUUAUCUGAAACUUUAUCUCGAUUUUAUCCAUUUGCUGGUAAAAUUAAAGACAGAUUUUCCAUUGAUUGUAGUGAUGAAGGUGUAUGUUAUGUAGAAGCUACAUCUAACGUUCCUUUAUCUCAAUAUCUCUAUCAACCUGAUCUAAGAUCAUUCAACAUACUGGUGCCAAAUGCAAUUCCUGAGUUUGAAAUCCCUUUUGGAUCUCCUGUUGCUUUGAUUCAAGAAACCACCUUUGCAUGUGGUGGCUUUACCAUCGGUAUAUAUAUUUCUCACAUGGUUUGCGAUGCAUACAGUUUGGUUUUGUUUCUAAAAGACUGGGCUGCUACUGCAUCUAAAUCACCUUCCAAACCCCCUUUGUUAGAUGGAGAAUCCAUUUUCCCACAAUACACUGCAUUUCCAAGAGAGGUGGGUUCUGCAAUUCCCUACGCCUCUUUUUUAAAAACAUGCAAGCUCAUCGGAAAGAGGAUUGUGUUUAACGAAUCUGCUAUUUCCAAUCUCAAAGCAAAAGCAAGUUUGAACAACAUUAAUAAUCCUACCCGCGUUGAGGUGGUCAUUGCAAUUCUUGUCAAACGCCUCCUGGCUUCUUUCAAAAGUAAAACUGGUAUCGAGAAACAACUAGCAGUAAACUAUGCCGUGAAUUUGAGACAAAAAGGGGAGCCGCCGUUACCAGAAAAUUUACUGGGGAACUUUGUUAGGAAUGUUGGUAUAGUAUUCACAUUCAAAGAGGAGUUGGGUGAAUUGGUGAAUCAACUAAGAGAGGCAAUAAAAAGAGUGGAUAAUGAUUUCUUGAAGAAGAUAAAAAGUGGAAGUGGAGGUGAAGAAGGAUUCGUCAAGUGUUAUAAUGCAGUGAAAGAGAUAGGAGAUUUGUUAUUUACUGCUCCGCCAUGUGGGAGUGAAGUAAUGGAGUUAGCUUUCUGCAGUAGCCAUUGUAAUUUUGGUAUAUAUGAGCUUGAUUUUGGUUGGGGAAGGCCGAUAUGGGCAGCUUAUGCUCUGCCGUAUGUGGAUGAUUCCGAUAAGCCAUAUAUGAAUGCGAUUCUUUUGACGGAUACAAGAAUAGGUAAAGGAGUGGAAGCAUGGGUAAUAUUGGGCGAAGAUGUCUAUGAUUUUUUAGAUAAAGACACGGAGCUUUUUCAAUAUGCUUCCAUUGACCCAUCUCCAGCGAUUAUUAUGAAUAAAUUAUAAUAAUAAAUUAUCAAUUAUUCUAAAAAAAUAAAUUAUCAUUAAUGUAUUUCCUUUUUUAAGAAUAAUUUAUGUCUCUACCUGAAUGUUGAAUUAAUGAAAGGUCUGCAUGUAUUGGAGUUCA